UGUGGUCGAUGAGUAUUUUAGUAACCUCACCUUACGGAUGAUGAUAGAAUCUAUGCACAUGGCGAUGUCAAGCUUGUGCUUCUCGUGGCUUUCGCGAGGGGAUUUCUAGUCACAAAAAAAGAACUCGUUACUGUUCGUCUCUUAGCAGUGAGAACCAUCGUCUGUGUUUCGGUCCAACUUCAUUCUAUUACUGGUUUCUCAGCUUUUGACAGCGUGCACCAACGUAGUUUUUGUCCUUGUACUUCGAUCUAAAUGACAUUGUGCUGUUGUGCGAAUGACGUCUAUGCUCCCACGUUUCUGGGGCUCUAACAUAUAACUAUAUUUAGGGUAUUGGAGCUGAGUGGGAGAGGACACAGGAACCUAUAAAACACUGUUCGCUUGCUUCGCGUGCUCAGCUUGUGGGUCCCAUUUUUUUGGAUUAUUUAUUCAAAUCGCCUUGAACUUCAAUGGGGCUUCUCUUUCACAAGUGAGAACUUUACAGCGCGCAUCACGCUGCACGAGCAGAUUCAUAGCCCGACGAGUGUAGCCGAGUCCGUGUAAUCUAACCAAGGCUCUAGAGUCUUUUAGUCUUUUAGAAGUCGUCAAGAAUCUCGUCUAGCUUGGAGCACCGCGUGCUAUCUUGUCCAUGGAGAGUAUUUGUGGAGAUAGUUGUAGAGAACGAAGCUGGUUUCUAAAAUUUAGUUGUAGUUUAACCGGCCGGUUGUGUGUUUUCACUGUUGCCGCUGUGUUCAAGAGGCACUGAUAGCUAUGGAGUAAUUUAAUUAAGGGAACUUCCUCAGUGUUUUGGCUAAGCUACAGUUCUUGCCGGAGCAGAAAGUUAUAGUCGGUUCUCAACUUCGAAUGCUACCAUGGGACGGGACAAUGGAAAAGAAGCGGGGCCGGUUCGCCGCUCAUACCAUGGAGCUCAGAAUGGCAGUGACGCCAUGGACACCACCAUUGGAGGGAACGAAAUGCCAGGCAAUGAUUUCAAAGUUUCAGACAUGGCGGUCCCAAAGAGCCACGGCGUUUACAACGUAAACGAUGAUCAUGUGGGCUUGGAGGAUGCCUUCAUGUUGGUCGACAUCCCACGAUGGCAAGAUCAGCUCACACCGAGAGGAUUAUUUGUGUCAUUCGUGUUGGGCACACUCUUCUGCAUCAUCACACACAAGCUUAACUUAACGGUGGGAGUCAUACCAUCGCUCAACAUCUCGGCGGGACUGCUAGGGUUUUUCUUCAUCAGGUUAUGGGCCUUAGUGUCGUCGAAGUUGGGAUUCUUCACCACGCCUUUUACACGCCAGGAGAACACUGUUAUCCAGACGUGCGUCGUUGCGUGCUAUGGUCUGGCUUUCAGCGGCGGGUUCGGUUCGUACAUUCUGGGUAUGAGUCAGAAGACGCACGAUCAGGUGAACACUGCAGCACCAGGGGACAUUCCCGGCAACGAGGGUGUGAAGAAUCCGGGACUUGGUUGGAUGUUUGCGUUUAUUGUUGUCGUCAGUUUCGUUGGAAUCUUUUCCAUCGUAAUACUUCGAAAGGUUAUGAUCAUUGAUUACCGACUAACCUACCCAAGUGGUACGGCAACGGGUAUUUUAAUCAACAGCUUCCACACCCCAGGAGGGGUAGAGGUCGCCAAGAAGCAAGUGAGAUGUUUAGGCAAGUGUUUCACCGUGAGCUUCCUCUGGGGUUUCUUCAAGUGGUUUUUUAGCGGCAUCGGUAACAGCUGUGGAUUCGACAACUUCCCAACCCUGGGCUUUAAGGCUUACCAUAACAAGAUGUACUUCGAUUUCAGCAUGACCUACAUAGGAGCGGGUAUCAUAAGUCCUCACAUUGUGAAUGUAUCUGUGCUCCUUGGGGCGGUAGUUGCAUGGGGCUUGAUGUGGCCUCUGAUCUCAAAUCACGAAGGCGAUUGGUACCCCACAGGCCUUAAAGAAACCGACUUCAGAGGUCUAUAUUCUUACAAGGUCUUUAUUGCUAUUGCCGUCAUCCUAGGUGACGGUUUGUACAACUUCCUCAAAAUCAUUUUCAAAUCGGCCCGCCAAUUAUACGUUCAUUACAAAACCAACAAUCAACUGCCGGUGACAGCUCCUGCGAAACUGGACGCAAUGGAUCGAGACCACGCGCGCCGCACCGAGAUCUUCAUGAAGGAAGGAAUCCCACAAUGGGUGGCGCUCCUCGGCUACAUCUUCUUAGCUAUUGUGUCAACCAUCUCCAUGCCCCACCUCUUCUCCCCCGUGAAAUGGUACUACGUCCUCAUCUGCUACAGUUUAGCCCCGAUCCUUGCAUUUUGCAACGCAUACGGCACUGGGCUUACAGACUGGAACCUUUCUUCAUCAUACGGAAAGCUUGCGCUCUUCGUCUUCGGCGCCUGGGCCGGUACAGACGGUGGUGUGCUUGUAGGCCUUGCCCUUUGUGGGGUGAUGAUGUCCAUUGUCUCUGUAGCUGCAGACCUAAUCCAGGAUUUCAAGACUGGUUACUUGACACUCUCCUCCCCGAGGUCCAUGUUCGUCAGCCAGUUGGUCGGGACCCUAAUGGGCUGCGUCCUGGCGCCCUCCACCUUUUGGCUCUUCUACAAGGCCUACUCGAUCGGCGACCCGGACGGUGUCUACAAGGCGCCCUACGCUGUUGUGUACAGGUCGAUGGCCUUGAUCGGCGUGGAGGGCUUCAGCGCCCUCCCGUCGCAUUGCUUAGAGAUUUGCUAUUGUUUGUUUGUUGCAGCAGUGCUGAUCAACUUGCUCCGUGACUUCCUUCCGAGGAGAAUCGGCCAAUUCGUUCCGAUCCCCAUGGCUAUGGCAAUUCCAUUCUACAUCGGGGGCUACUUCGCCAUUGAUAUGUUCAUCGGGUCGGUUAUCCGAUUUGUGUAUGAGAAGGUGAACAAGGCCAAGGCGGAUAUCAUUACGCCGGCCAUCGCAGCUGGGCUGAUUUGCGGCGAUGGCGUGUGGACCAUUCCGUCAUCUAUUUUGGCACUGACGAAGGUCAAUCCUCCAAUUUGUAUGUAUUUCUAUAGUUCUAGCAAUCCGCUGGCUGGAACUUCAUACUAGAUAAUCACAAAUGCCGAUAACCUUUGUAGUUUUAGUCCAGUCUUAACAGGUCCUUGAACAAUCGGGCCAGGGAGGGUCAGUCGCAUCGCUGUGAAUAUGAACAGCAAUAACCUAGAGAUUUAGAAAGUAACAGUUUGUACAGUGGAAGUGGACUUAAUGAAGUAUUUUGCGAAACGUUUACACUA